CCGACGGUUGAUGAACGACGACGAGUAUGGGGUCGACGAGGUUUUGGACGAGAAGGAGUACGGCCAGGGAGUCGUUGCUCGAGGCCGCCACUACAUGGUGCUGGGCACGAACAAAGUUUCAGGAUCCGUCCAACAGGUAAAUUUGGCCCACCGUCUCCUGCUGUCCCCAUGGACGUUUGUAGGUAAAUACAACGCGAAAGAGAACAACUUUACCACUUUAAGGCAGAAGAUGAACUUCGAGUUUGCCGGACUCACACGUUCUUUGCCCGAUAACGUUCGUCUGCUCACAUUGGAAAGUUUGGGUGCCAAGCAGCUCCUCUUCAGGCUCGAGCACCCGUUCAGCAAAGACGACGACGCAAGCUUGGGCACUCCCGUGACCGUCGACCUCAAGGGCUUGCUAACAUCCUUCGAAAUCAAGUCGUUCACCGAGACCACGCUGGGUUCCAACCAGCUGAAGGCGGACAACGUGCGUUUGCAGUUUCCAAUUAAAGGAGAGAAGAAGGUCCAGCCUAAGCCCGUCAGAGUGGGGGAAGAGGAUUUGAAAAUUACCCUCCAUCCUAUGGAAAUACGUACGUUCAUCCUGAACGUGGAGCAUAUUUACCCGACUUCUUACCUGGGCGCCGCCAACAUAAACUUACCCCACAUCCUUGUUAUGCUAUCGCUUCUUGUUAUUUCUUUAUUUAAUUACUAAUUAAUAAUAGUUGUAAAACUCCGUUGAGGACUUGUAUAAACGGUGAUCUCAAGCGUGCCGGAAUUCGUUGGGUAAGUAUUGAUCGGCUCCCCUCCUUUCGUCGGGGAUGCUGCAUUUCGUUUAUAGUUGCAGUGAAUCUAAUAACGAUCGCUUCAAUUCGUAAUGGACAAAAUUUCCCAGACAAAAUGACACUUGCUCCUAGACGAACUUGCCCGCAAUAGUCUACAUUACAUUCUUUAAUUCUCAUCAGUUGUGUAAAAUCAAUUGUCAACUUUUUAAAUAAAUAAAUAGUGUUGA